GGGAAAGCGUAUAACUGGCAUUUCCGGUGCGUUGUUGACUCCCCCUCCCCCCUCUCCCGCUUAUUGAGAUGCUUGUGUGCGUGAGAGAGGUGGAUAAGGCUGAGCUGGCGAGGCGCCACCGCUCCGACAUCCCUACGCCGCAUUUCGAGCGCUACUACCACCUCUACCCGAACGAGACGAGCGUCACCCUCGUGGACGUCGUCGAUAAUCGCGCCCGCAAAACCUUUAACUACGAUGUCGGCAUCCACUCUUCGCGAGAGUUGCAGGAGCAGGUGGUGGAACCGUUGCUGAUGACCGUCCUAACGCCCGAUCGCGCUGCGCAGGCAGUGGUGGUCGUGGAUGGGCUUGCGGGGAGCCGCUUUAGCACCCUCAUAGAUGCGGUGGACGGCGUGCUGGGCAACACUGCCCGCAUCGCCGCCGCCCACCCCGACGUUGCGUCGCUGUCGUUCAGCGCGGUGACCUUGGAGGACAACAACACCUUGACAGACACCCUCCUACCCGAUCGGAGCCGAGAUGCGGAGGAGGUGACAGUGUUAGAGGACACGCAGGAGCAGUUCACGUCCGUCGAGGACGCCCAUUACGUUUCCCUGGAGUCGGCGAGCAUCUGGGAGGCCGUGCGGCAGCGUGUAUCCAACGCGUUUACCGCCUACAAGCACCAAAUCUUUAGCUUUAUCUUCUCCUUUCACGCGUCGACAGGGCGGCCGAACACGACGAUGCAGUUCAUCUCCUUCACGGUGAAUGAGGUGGCGCGCGGGAUGAAGUCGUCACGACACGCCGUGUCCUCCGCAGCGGGUCUGAUCGAGUGCAGCUCGCCUACGCUAACGUUCACCUCGACGAAGUUGUUGUACCUCAUGAAGCCGUCGCUGCUGGGCCAACAGCCGGGGGCAUGGGUCGCAUGCUUCUCCCCGAUCAGCGUCGUGGAGGCAGCUGAGCGGGAGACAUUUCAAGAGGCGUUUGCAGUGGCGCAGACGGCGUCGCGGCUGUACAGCUCACGGAUUGCGCUGCUGAACGCGUCGACGGCGUUGCUGCCACCGCAUCCGCCUCUGCCCACGUCCGCGUCAUCUGUGCGGAGUGCACCGGUGGCCGUUGAGGACGUGGCGGAGAGCACCGACCACGGCGGCGAUGCUUCGCUGUUCACGCCCGACGCUCCUUCUCGUCCGGCGGUGCGUAAAGCGACGCGUGGCGCACAAACUGAUCCUGCCGACUCGCCCGACGACGACACCGCAGACGCGCCAGACGUCCGUCCGUCCGCUGCUCAUCUCGUGCAGACUCCUGCCGGCGCACCAACAGCGCCGAGUGAGAUUGGUACGCCGAUGCCACCGGCACCCGCGUCUUCGCAGCCAGCACUACCAUCACCACCGCAGCGGCACGCGACGGGUGCCACGGUGGCCGUGCAGACCGAUGCCGCGCCUUCGCAGCCUUCCUUCGCUUCCUCCCCUCUCCCCGGAUACCAACGCGAGUCUAUUCAACGGGGUCUCUCCGAGGAGCCAUCUGCGGUGCGAUAUGAGUUCGACACCUAUCGCACUGUGAUGGAGCGUGCCAUGACGAAGCUGCGCGCCGACAUGCGGCACUCCGCCGAGCAACUGGCGGAGGCGAAGGAGGAGAUGCGAGCACAGCGCAAGCAGACCCGCGAGCUCCGCGGAGAACUGGAGCUGGCGAGCGAGUCACGACACGCGAUGGUGCUGGAAAACUCGGAGCUGCGGCAGGAGCUUGCGCAUCGGCAGCAGCUCCACAAACAGAAGCUACAGGAACUCUCGCAGGUGUCUUCAUCUGUGCCGGCCAGCCCAUCGCCCUCCCCGUCUGGGCAGUUGACGAAACAUGAGGAGGCUGACGCAACGCGUGCGCUGCAAGACGAGGUGGAGCUGCUAGAGGUGCGCGUCGCGGAGCUGACGGAGCUCGUCGCCUUCCACCAGUCCGAGAUCAAAGAACACGUAGCGAAAGAGAGCCUGUACCGACAGCGCAUUCUGGAUUUAGAGACGGCGCUUCGCGAGAAGGAGCGCGAGGUUAUUUCGAGCCGAGCAGCCGCACAGGAGGCGCGGCGGGCCGCGGACGCGGUGGCGGUGGCACACGCAACAUCCAAAGCGACACCGGCCGACGCGGUGGCGGCGGCGUCCCACUCGCGCACCAGCAGCACCGUCCUGCGCGAGGACAUGCGCGAUGUGGAGGAUCGUGCGGCGGAGGUGGAGUUGCACCUGCGCUCCGCCCUCGAUGAACUUCAGCGCGAGCGCACGCGACGGCUCCAGCUGGAGAAUUUGAUGAAGAAACGCGAAGAGGAGGAGGUGGCGUACACGGCGGCGCAGCAGGCGGAGACGGCGGUGCGGACGCUGCGGCAGACCUUCGAAAACCAACUGCGAGCGCUGCGGACGGAAAUGACGGGUUUUCGCGCUGAACUGGCGCAGCAGCAGAGGGCACGUCCCUCCUCACCAGCGCAGGUGGCGUUGCCGUCGCAAGCCCAGCCGACGUCGCCCGCUGCGGUGACGCUGUCGGUCAGCAACGACUCGUCGAUGCAGACGUCCACGUUGGCGUCGCGCACCGGGCUGACGGAGCGGAGUGCGCAGCAGCAGCAGCCACCGCAUCGCCCGCCGACACCGCAGCGGAUGUCCCCCAUGCCAGAAGACGCCGUCCGCAGUCACUCACGUGGGGGUAACGACGCCGCCUCCGUUCCGAGCCAGCGCAGCUCCGCCAAACCCUCGCCCUCUAAGCAGCAUCGGCGCACGCAAUCCUUUGAGGAGUACAUGCAAGAGGAGCCGCAUUAUGAGCUGCAGCGCGCCUCCUUCCUGCGGCCACGGCUGCGACCCUCCAAGUGA